GCCAGGCUCUUGGAGUUCCCGUGCUGGCUUCGGUAUGGCGCCGCGCUGGUUUUGUGGGUCUUGACGUUCAUCUACACAGGCUAUGACAAAGUCUACUUGAUUCUGUCUGCGAUGGCCUUCAUUUUGGGGCCAGGCCUAGGUGAAGGACGUGGGGAAUACUCAGCAUACUCUGUUUUUAACAGAGGGCAAAGGCAUUUGCUUGGCGAGUUGCGCGCAGAGCAACUGGAUGCGGAGCAGCGUGGUGAUCAGCAACUGGCUGGAUAUGCAGACCGAGAACCUGACGGUGGAGGUUUGAUCGAACUGCCUGGCACUGAAGAGGAGGACAAGCCCACCAUCCGAAGCCGGGAUGCUAAUAGACCCUGCUCCUGCGGCUCAGGCAAGAAGGCAAAACGCUGCUGCUUUGAUGCUAGACCUCCCCGCGACAGCCAGAACCUUUCGUGA